AUGGCAUCCUUCACAAUAACCCCAAAGCACCACAGACACAUAAACAACCCAUUCCCAGCCAACCCCAAGACUCUCCCUUUCAUCACCGGCAAUCUCUUCUUCAAUUCCCAAACAAUCCCUUCUCACAAGGUCUAUGAAAUCGGGGAUUCAUUUCAAUUGACAUGGUCUACAACCAAUGGAGGCUGUGUCUCCAUUUGCCAUGACUCCAACCCUUCUACAUCCAUAUGGUCGACCGUGCCGGGACAGGCCUUCGUGUCGGCGGCCGUCGUCGACACAGAGGUGGAGGAGAGCAGAGGAUCAUUUGUCAUCAAAGAUGGCAAUGUCCACCACGUCUGCAACCACCAAUCCAUUGAGGAGAUCAAGGUUAUCCAAGAAUCUGAUUUCAAUGGAAACCAUGAUCACCAUCAUCAAGAAUCUUUGUUAAUGGAAAACGACAGGCCCCCAUCAUCUUCGUCGUCGCCUGUCGUGCUGAUCAGGGGAAGGAUUUUCAAUGCUAAGGAAAGGGACAAAGGCCCCGCAGCAUAUGCUAAGUAUUGGGCUGUUUUCGAUCAAAAAAACGGUAACCAGAUAGGAUUUAAAGUGAGACUUGGAAAGCCAAGUGUGGAGAAGGCCCCAAAGUUAUCUCCAAGAAGUUAUACCUAUAGCUUCAACUACAGAGGCUUUGCGCGAAGAGUGGGUCGACUAAGGAGGCUUCGGAUCGAAUGGGGUGGAUAUCUUUCUAGAAAGACAUUGACAGCGGCAGCGAUUUCGCCUACAGAAGAGGAUAGCAUUGCCAUGAACAAUGCAGCUCGUCCCGAAUUCAAUAGGAUUUGCAUGACAUAUGUGAGUGAAGAAAGUGAGAGGUUCUUUGGGUUUGGAGAGCAAUUCUCACAUAUGGAUUUUAAAGGGAAAAGGAUUCCUAUAUUUGUUCAAGAACAAGGAAUCGGGCGAGGCGAUCAGCCUAUUACGUUUGCAGCUAAUAUGGUUAGUUACAGGGCUGGUGGAGAUGAAUGCACUACUUAUGCUCCUUCUCCUUUUUAUAUCACAUCGAAGAUGAGAUCGCUCUACCUAGAAGGGUAUAACUACUCGGUUUUCGAUCUAACAGAGCCUGAUCGAGUCCAAAUACAGAUACAUGGAGAUACAAUUGAAGGUAGAAUACUUAGUGGAGACUCACCUGCUGAGCUUAUUGAGCACUACACAGAAACCAUUGGGCGACCUCAACAGCUUCCUGAGUGGAUAAUUUCAGGGGCCGUGGUGGGACUACAAGGAGGCACCGAUGUGGUACGGAAUAUCUGGAAGGAACUGCAAGCCAAGGAUACACCAAUAUCAGCAUUUUGGUUGCAGGAUUGGGUGGGAGAAAGGAAGACAGUUAUCGGGUCACAACUAUGGUGGAACUGGGAAGUGGAUUCCUCUAGGUACUCAGGAUGGCAACAAUUGAUUAAAGACCUUAGUGAUCAGCAUGUCAAAGUGAUGACAUAUUGCAAUCCUUGUUUAUCUCCUAUGUUGGAUAAGGCAAAUGUAAGAAGAAACCUCUUUGAGGAGGCAAUGAAGUUGGACAUCUUAGUGAAAGACAGUAAAGGAAGACCCUAUAUGGUUCCCAACACAGCUUUUGAUGUUGGAAUGCUCGAUUGGACCCAUCCGAAAACAGCAAGUUGGUUCAAGCAGAUUUUGCAAGAAAUGGUGGAUGAUGGAGUCAGGGGUUGGAUGGCUGAUUUUGGCGAAGGCCUACCAGUCGAUGCCUGUCUAUACUCAGGAGAAGAUCCAAUUGCUGCCCACAAUAGAUACCCUGAGAUGUGGGCAAAAAUAAACAGGGAAUUUAUCGACGAGUGGAAAAGUAAAUGUGUUGGAAAAGAGAAGGAAGAUCCAGAAGAGGCAUUGGUUUUCUUCAUGAGGGCUGGUUUCAGAAAUAGUCCUAGAUGGGUAAGCCUAUUUUGGGAAGGAGACCAAAUGGUAAGUUGGCAAGCUAACGACGGGAUAAAGAGCUCUGUAGUAGGCUUGCUAAGCAGUGGGCUUUCGGGGUUUGCACUCAACCACAGCGACAUCGGAGGUUACUGUGCCGUAAGCUUCCCAUUUUUCAAGUACCAAAGAAGUGAAGAACUUCUCUUACGAUGGAUGGAGCUUAAUGCAUUCACUACUGUCUUCCGGACACAUGAGGGAAACAAACCAUCAAGCAAUAGUCAGUUCUACUCCAAUGAAAACACUUUAUCUCAUUUCUCAAGGUUUGCAAAGAUAUACAAAGCCUGGAAGUUCUAUAGAAUCCAGCUUGUAAAGGAAGCCUCCGAAAAAGGGCUGCCUGUUUGCCGCCACCUAUUCAUUCACUAUCCAAAAGACAAAAAAGUGCACAAACUAACAUACGAGCAGUUUCUAGUCGGCACAGAGAUCCUAGUGGUGCCUGUUCUCAACAAAGGAGAGGAAACAGUUAAAGUGUAUUUCCCAAAAGGCGAGCCCCAGCCAUGGAAGCAUGUCUGGACAGGUGAACUAUAUACUGAACAAGGCUCUGAAAGAUGGGUGAAAGCUCCAAUAGGAUAUCCAGCUAUUUUCGUCAAGGAAGGAUCCGACGUUGGAGAAAUGUUUCUACAAAAUCUUAGAGGCUACAACAUUCUAUAAACCCAACCAAGAGAAUGAAUUCUUUUUAUUAGAACCUCUAAUUGUGUAGCUGGAGAUUUGCCCUUCAUCUACGACUCAAUCAU